GGCCCCGCCCCCACCUCUGGGUUGGUCCGGAGCCGAGCCCCGCCCCGACGUCGCGGCCGCGGUCUGGGGGCCGGGCCUCUCGCGGCGGAAGCGCGCGGACGAGAAGGCUCGCGGUGAGCGGCGCCAGCACCUCUGGACAGAGAGCGCUGAACGGUAGCGCCCGAGGUCGUGCACACUCCGCUGGGCGUGGGCUCGGGCUCCGGACGUGCGCGAGUGUCGGGAGGGGCCCAGGAUGGGCAGCAGCUCGCUGUCCGAGGACUACCGCCUGUGCCUGGAGCGCGAGCUGCGGCGUGGCCGCGCAGGCGUGUGCGGGGACCCCUCGCUGCGCGCCGUUCUCUGGCAGAUCUUGGUGGAGGACUUCGACCUGCACGGCGCGCUGCAGGACGACGCGCUGGCGCUGCUCACCGACGGGCUCUGGGGCCGCGCCGACCUGGCGCCCGCGCUGCGCGACCUCGCGCGCGCCUUCGAGUUGCUGGAGCUGGCGGCCGUGCACCUGUACCUGCUGCCCUGGCGAAAGGAGUUCACCACCAUUAAGACCUUCUCCGGGGGCUACGUGCAUGUGCUGAAGGGCGUACUCUCCGAGGAGCUCCUCAUCCAGAGCUUCCAGAAGAUGGGCUAUGUGCGCAGGGACAACUACUGCCUGAUGGUUGCUGCCCCGCCCCCUGCUUGCCAGCUGGUCCAGGUGGCCCUGGGCUGCUUCGCACUGAGGCUGGAGUGUGAGAUCCUGGGGGAGGUGCUGACCCAGCUGGGUACCAGCGUGCUGCCGGCUGAGGACCUGCUGCGAGCACGUCGGGCCAGCGGGGACGUGGCCUCCUGUGUGGCCUGGCUGCAGCAGCGCCUGGCCCAGGAUGAGGAGCCGCCGCCCCUGCCCCCAAGGGGCCACCCUGCCACCUUUGGGGCACCUCUGGACCUGUACCGGGACCUGCAGGAGGAUGAGGGCUCAGAGGAGGCCAGCCUGUACGGAGAGCCCUCACCUGGCCCUGGCUCACCCCCCGAGGAGCUGGCCUACCGGCCUCCACUCUGGGAACAGAGUGCCAAACUCUGGGGCAGUGGGGGCCACACCUGGGAGCCCCCAGCUGAGGAGCUGUCCCAGGCCAGCAGCCCACCCUAUGGGGCUCUGGAGGAAGAGCUGGAGCCUGAGCCCUCCGCCUUCUCCUUCCUCUCCCUGCGCCAUGAGCUGAGCCGGUCUGGGGACCUGGCCACUCCUGAAGCCCCUGGGAGCCCAGGGCAGGCCAGCCCCCGGCACAGGCGGGUGGAGGGGGAGCCGACCUCAGCCUAUGGCCCUAUCCCCGAGCCCCUGGGGUACCAGGCACACAGUUGCCUGGUGCCUGGUGUCCUACCCACCCUGUGUUGCGACACCUGCCACCAGCUACAUGCUGCCCACUGCACUGCGCUGCCUGCCUGCCGCCCAGGGCACUCACUGCGGGCACUGCUCAGUGACACCCAGAGGCGCCUGUGGCUACAGCGUGCCCAGGUGGACACCCUGCUCUAUGACAGCCCUGGGGGCCGGCCUUAGCCAGCAGUUCCAGGCAACAGUUUCCAUGGUGCUUUUCUGGGGGAGGCAGGGGCCCCUGGCUGUUCCUUCCUGUCCUUGACAGCCUGGCCUUGCAUGGUGGGAAGAGACUGAUUCCUGCUAGCAGCAACUGAGCUGGGCUACAGGGACCUCCCAGAUACCCUGUCCACAGUACCCAGUUCCAGGUAUGUCAGCAGGAGAGUCAGGCUGUCCAUCAUGGUGCCCAAACCUGUCCCCAGGAAGGACCUACCCUUUGGAGGCCCUCUAAUACCCUAUGGUUCCUGGCAGCUUCCUGUACUUUGGGGGAGAUUCCCUAUAUAGGUCCAGCUGGGAGGCUCUGCCGGGUACACAGCUGACCUCUGAAGUCGGGACCUCUCCCCCUCCUGCCUAGUGGAGGUAACGACUCUCAGCCCCCAGCACCCCAGCUGCCCUGAAGCGGGGCAGGGGCAAGGGUGGCUCCCGUGCCCUAGCAGGUCUAGGCAGUGGGCACUGCUGGCCCUAGGAAUCACCCGGCCUCUUUCCACCUACGUGAUAGGAUGGACCAGCUCUGCCCUGUCCACGUGGAGCAGGUCCUGCAGCCACUGCCUGUGCCCCAUUCUCACUGCCUCCCCGAGUUUUCCUGUUCCACCCUGCCCAGCACCCUGGGAUACUGUUCUUGUUGCACGAGUCAGAAUCCACAGUACAUUAAAC